AUACGUCACUCACACCUCGCCUGCCAAUCAUCCUGCUUGUAGCGCACGCGAGAGCGCGCACAGCCGAGAAGGAAAGAGAGCGCGAGAGAGGCAGGGAAGGAGGAGAGGAUGCGACCGGGGUUGUAGAUAGACUGUUUCUCUACUGAUGCUCGAAUGUGCAAACACGUCAUUUCUUCUUUCAAAUCAUCUUCCAGGAGGCUCUGAAAACUUAAUCAGGUGAUAAGAUGGGGAAUGGUUCGAUGAAAUCAAAGCGCUACAAACACACAGAUGGUUCUGCUGCUGCCUCCAACAGCCGAGGCCACAAAGAUAAUGGUGGCGGGUUCAAAAAUUCGUCCCUGGAGUCCCUGAGGGCCCGAGUGGACGAGCUGGAGCGAGAGGGCAAGAGGAGGGAUGAGGAGCUUUGUGCCAAAGAUCACCAGAUCAAAAGUCUCCAGGAGCAGCUGGCCAAACAGACCCGAGCUCUGGCUGAGCUGAGCGAGGAGCUGCAGAAUAAGUGCAUCCAGCUCAACAAGCUGCAGGAUGUGAUGAAGAGCCAGAGCGGAGCCCCGGCCGGUCUGGCAUCGAGGCCCCCUUCCAUCAAAACGAGCGGCAAGAGCAGCCCCAACCUCAGUGUCCGCAUCAAGGAAACCCUCAAUAGAAGGAAGGGCGCCAAAGCUGGGGUGUCAGCAGAACCCACAUCCAGGACCUACGACUCCAGCAGCCUGCCAAAGUUCUCCUUUGAGAAGGCCCGGGUAGCAAAAGAUGCAAGUGUAAAGAAGCUGCUGACAGACGCCCUGAACAAGAACCAGUACCUGAAGAGACUGGAGCUGCAGCAGAUCAAAGACAUGGUGGAGUGUAUGUAUGAGCGCACCUACCAGCAGGGAGAGUGCGUCAUUAAACAGGGAGAGCCUGGGAACCAUCUGUUUGUCCUGGCAGAUGGGAAGCUGGAUGUGUUUCAACAUAACAAACUGCUCACAUCGAUAACAGUGUGGACCACGUUUGGAGAAUUAGCCAUUCUGUACAACUGCACACGGACUGCAUCAGUCAGAGCGGUGAACAAAGUGAGGACGUGGGCUUUGGACCGCGAAGUGUUUCAGAACAUCAUGAGGAGGACGGCUGAGAUGCGUCACGAGCAGUACCGCAACUUCCUCCGAAGUGUGUCACUCUUGGCUAAUCUACCAGAAGACAAGCUAAGCAAAAUAGUGGACUGCCUUGAGGUGGAAUACUAUGAUAAAGGAGAGUACAUCAUCCGGGAGGGAGAGGAGGGCAGCACCUUCUACAUCAUUGCACAGGGAAAGGUGAAGGUGACCCAAACCACGGAGGCCCACAAGUUGCCACAGAUCAUCAACACAUUGCAAAAAGGAGACUACUUUGGAGAGAAAGCACUUAUAAGUGACGAUGUCAGGUCAGCUAACAUCAUUGCUGAGGAGAAUGGGGUGGAGUGCCUUGUCAUUGACAGAGAGACAUUUGAUCAGACAGUGGGCACCUUCAAUGAGCUGCAGAGAUACCUCCAAGGCUACGUGGCAACACUUGAUCGAGAUGACAAGAAGAGACAUGCCAGGAAGAAGUCCGUGUCGCGUCACCAGAGUCAGCCGCUGUCGCCAGACGUCAUCCAGCUGAAGGACAUGGUGUCAGCGUUCCCUUCAUCCAAGCCCUUUGACCACCUUGAGGUCAUUGCUACUCUUGGUGUUGGUGGAUUUGGACGAGUUGAACUGGUGAAGGUGCGGGACAAGGACAUCACCUUUGCACUAAAGGUCAUCAAGAAGAAGCAUGUUGUGGACAACAGGCAGGAGGAGCACAUCCACUCGGAGAGGAAGAUCCUCGCUGAGGCUCGUACGCCUUUUGUUGUCAAACUAUAUCGCACAUUUAAAGAUGACAAAUAUGUGUACAUGCUGCUGGAGGCCUGUCUGGGAGGAGAGAUUUGGAGCCUACUCAGAGACAGGGGGAGUUUUGAUGAGCCCACUGCCAAAUUCUGUGUUGGCUGUGUCACUGAAGCUUUUGAUUACCUCCAUCGCAAGGGUGUCCUCUACAGAGACCUGAAGCCUGAGAAUCUCAUGCUGGAUACUGAGGGAUAUAUCAAAUUGGUUGACUUUGGUUUUGCCAAGAAGAUCAAAUGUGGCCAAAAGACUUGGACCUUCUGUGGGACACCAGAGUAUGUGGCCCCUGAGAUCAUCCUCAACAAAGGCCACAACUUCAGUGUGGACUUCUGGUCUCUGGGCAUCCUGGUGUUUGAGCUACUUACUGGCAGUCCUCCAUUCUCAGGGAGUGACCAGAUGAUGACAUACACUUUCAUCUUGAAAGGCAUUGAGAAGAUGGACUUCCCCAAGAAGAUCACCAAGAGAUCUGAAGACCUCAUACGCAAGCUAUGCAGGCGGAAUCCUUCAGAGCGACUGGGCAACCUCAAAAAUGGAAUAACAGAUAUCAAGAAGCACAGGUGGUUUAAUGGCUUCAACUGGGAGGGACUGAAGGCGAGGAGUUUACUUUCUCCACUGAAAAGAGAACUUACAGGACCGACAGAUCACAGCUAUUUUGACAGCUACCCUCCAGAUGAGGACAGUCCUCCUGAUGAGCUGUCUGGUUGGGACAUGGACUUCUGAGACUUUCUGCUCAAUUUUUCCACUAUUUCCCUCCAUUGCACACCUUUAGAACAAAAACCUAGUGGGCAAAGUGUUUUCAGGUGGCCUAAAAUCACUUCGGGCAGCCAUUGUGGAGGUCCUCAGGUUCUGGGCAACGGUAGUUGAAUUUAACUAGCUACUUACUGAACACAAAUGAACAGAUAUAGGAGGUAUUCUCUUUUGAGUUUGACUGUCAACAGGUGUUAAACUGGUGUUAAAGACCUUCACUGUCAUUUUGAUAAAUAUAUCCGACUGACCUCUGAGCUAAUCAAGUACAGUGUAGUGCCAAUAAUGGUACAAUAAUAGUGGCAUCCAGCAUUUAAGUUAAAAAUAAGUAUUAUUUUAAUACCAGAUUCCCAAAGUUAACUUUUUCACUAAGCCUAAUUCCACAUUUCCAGUUAUUCAUGUGUUAAAACUCAUGUAGUGUUUACAAUAUGGUGGACAGGAGCUACCAUUCAAAGAAGAAGCAUUGAAAACAAGUCAGAUGGCCAAAGGCUGUCCAUUUUAGUCACCUGAAAGAGAGAGUGAUAUGUUAAUGACAUUUUCACCACACACCAGCAGCAGAGGGAAGCGACUUCAAAAAUAUCCUCAAUUUUAAUUCUGGAUAAUUACUGAUUACAGUUUUAGCCUGCAGGACAGUUACUAAGAAAUAAUAAGAAACUGUGUGUCCUGGAUAACUAAGCGAACCUCCUCAAGCUUCAUUUCAAAGUAUUUUGGAAGGAGUAAGUCUUGAAUCAGUGUUUUGUGUCACUGUAUUUGUAAUGUUUUGACAUUCCUUAAUCAGUCUACGCCCAUAUAAUAAUCUUUUACAAAUACCUCUAAAAUGUUGUUUUCAGACUUUUCUCUGGGCCCUCAAGAUGUGAUAGUUAGGGAACAGUGUAAUGCAGCUGCAAAGUUCUUAUUUCUUACAGCUGAGGGAAUUUGUGAUUACAUCUGCAGUUUAUGGUUGUAGAGGAACGGAGGUGUGUUGGUAGACGAUAAAUGUGGAGAUGACAUUGCAGAAAGAAGAAGGAGAAGACAUUCUGCAUAACUGCUGAGACGGCAUCUAACCACGAUGCACUGCUAUCCCAUAUAUUAAGCAUUUGUGCUAGGAAGCAUCAAGAGUGUCUGUUUCUGUGCCAAUAGUGUUAUCCCCACAGUCCCUCCACUGCCUAAAAUAUUCAUGCACAAAAACAUGAACACCUUCUUCACUUGUUACAGAGUGUGAGCAUCCUGCGGCGGGGUGCCUGACCUGAAGAAAUAUUUACCUUUUUGAAGCAGAGUCAACUUUGCAAUUUCCAGCUUCUUAAGGAGAAAGGAAGCAAUGCUUGGUCUGGGGCUUUGAUGUGAGGAGGAACAGGGUCAAUUUAUUGAAACCAUUUACGCAGUCAAUUUAUUUAAACCAUUUGGGUUUACUAUAAAUUGGCUGCAUACAUGUAUCUAUGUAUAUACUGUGUACUGUAAAGCACAAGCAGCAAAAAGACAAAAUUUAUAUGAUACAAGCUAGUUCUUCUUUUAUGUAUACCUUAAAAACUGGGUCAGUUUGUAAAUAUAACAUCUGUACACAUUGACUGGUGAAUGUGUGUGUACAUUAUGUACAGUAUGUGAUAAUGACUGUGUAUGGAAACACUCCAAAUUCUUAGAGAAGCUGUGGCCUUAAAAUAAUAACUACUGAUUUCAGGGUACAGCUGUGUUUAAUAUUUCAGAUAGAGUUUCUUGGUUUUUUUUUUUUUUUAAAAAAAGACUUUUUGCAGUUCAUCUUGUUUUAGAUUCGUCAGCUUCAUUUUUGUUUGAUGCCACAAUAGUUUAUUAGUAUGUGUUUUAUUUUCUUCCCAUCAUGUGCAGACCACUCAUUGUGAACAUUUGAUUUGUCAAGCACUGGGGCAAUGUAAUAACAAUGUUAAUAGAUGCAUUUCAUUUAGUUCAGCGUCAUGUCUGAACCUAACCUGAUAAUCAAG